AUGAAUGUCAUAGCUUGGAACUGCCGGGGACUAGGGUCUUCCUUGGCAAUUCGGACACUCACCGACGAGGUGAGAAUGAAAAAACCCCUGCUGGUCUUCUUGUCGAAAACAAAGGCUAGUAUGAGUAGGAUCAAAGGAAUUCAAAAUAAAUUGGAAUACACUCAGGGUAUUUCGGUUCCUAGUGAUGGUCAAAGCGGUGGUUUAGCAAUGUUGUGGAGGGAGGGCACAGAUGUGAGGUUCAAGAGCUGGUCCAAUUCACACAUCAACGUCGAGAUCCACGAAAGCUCUUCAUUAGCUCCUUGGCGUGCUACCAGUUUUUAUGGGCAACCCGAUGCAGCCAAACGAUUUAUUUCCUGGCAACUGAUGGAAGUUCUGAAAAAACAAAGUCACUUGUCAUGGGUGGUGUUUAGGGAUGUCAACGAAAUCUCCCAAUCUGAUGAAAAGCUCAGAGGACCGGAAAGAGAUGCAGGACAAAUGGAGGAUUUCAGGGAGUGCUUGAGCAAAUGUGGCCUCUUUGAUUUGGGGUUUGUGGGGCACAGAUUCAUGUGGUGUAAUGGAAGGGCAGGGGAGCAGAGAACAAAACUCCAAUUGGAUAGGAUGGUGGCAAGUGAGAGCUGGAUCAAACUAUUUCCUGAGGCAAGUGUACACCACUUUUCAAUGUCCAUUUCUAAUCACUGCUUGUUAACACUAUUUUUACAUUGGAGACAACCCCACAAACCAGUAAGAAAGAGGUUUUUCUUUGAGGCAAUGUGGACUAGGGAAUCUGGGUGCAGAGAGGUGAUUGUGGAAGCAUGGGAUCCUUUGAGAAGGGAUUCGAAGUAUAAAAUCACAGAUAGACUGAAAAGUUGCCAAGAACAACAUCGACGUUGGAAUUGGAGGGUCUUCAGGAAUGUUAAUAACACUUGA